AUGUUUGCCAUAUCGGACUUCCUUGAAGAAGAUAAGGAAAGAAGGUUUCUGGAAAAGGGGAUGACGGAAUCUUUCGAGAGACAUUAUUUCUUGAAGAAAAAUCCAAUAUGGUCUGGGCUCAUGGAUUUCCGCUGCCGACUUGUCCUCAACAAUCUUGCGUUCCGCUUCAUAAGCGAAACGCCUGUGGUGCUCGGUGCGGCUUUCGUUUAUGUAGCAUCACGACUUGGAUACAUCACUGGUUUACACUGGCCUCAAAUGGAGCGCUUUCUCAAAAUCCAUGGCGAGGAUAAAGUGCUCCAGGGGACCGUAUCCCCAGAACUGACCCCGAUUGUCCUCCUCAAGAGAUUCGUGGACUCUAAUUUGUUCGGAGCCGAUAGCUCCUCUAUCAACAAAUUCAUAGGCCCUCCCAAGCCGGUCAAAGCCCUUCAUCAAAGGUAUGCGUGGGAACUCCUCGGCCAUUAUCGCCAACCAACGGCAUACCUUAAGGAUAUUGUACAGGACAAGGUCGACGCCGAGCUAGACGAAUGGUUCUUAAAGCAAGCAUCGACCAAUCCUGCAACCCUAAAAGAUACCAUUGGGUCAGCUAUUGUUUCGCCAGUGCAACUGCUAGAAAUCCUCGACGAAACUACGACGUCUAUUCUCGAGAACGACCUCUCAAUUGAUUAUUUUCUGUUACACAAAGAGAGCGUAAAGCUCCUGCGAGAUUUGAUUGGGGGAUUCUCAUCGGAAGUAGAGAAGGAUAUACCAUCGUUGAUGGAUGUGGAUGUAAAAACUGAUAAGCUGGCUCUUCUGCUGCAAGUGGUCUACAAAUCCAUGACGGAGGGAAAUGUAGUCGAGACCACGGAGAGGAUGAGGAAGGUCAUGACGAGGGUUUGUUCAGAGCUCAGAUAAAGACUGCACUCGGUCUGGUCUGUAAAUGAGCAGAGAGCCAUCUACGUAUGUACCGAAACAAUUCGGUAGCGUACUGAAAUUAGUAUAAAUCGUAUGUACAAUAACAGCAAAGGUCAAAUAAAUAACCACCUAGAGGCAAUUUCAGCUAAGAAGUAUCUC